UAAGUCGAAGUUCAUCGAAAUGGAUAGACAAAAUGAUAACAGCUCCACACGAGUCGAUGAUACCAAAGUCGUGGAAGAUAACGAUAGAUUCGAUCUCGAUGAUCUUCUGCCGAUCGUCGGCGAAUUUGGUCGUUAUCAAAAGCAGUUGUUAUGGUUGGUAUGUCUGCCGGCAUGUCUGCCCUGUGGUUUUUGCGCUUUCAAUCAGUUAUUCAUGGCGAAUACACCGCCGCAUUGGUGCAAAAUACCGGAUCUGGAGCAUAUGGAUGCUGCACGCAGAAAGCAUCUCGCUAUUCCUGACGACAAUGGGACCUAUAGUCAAUGCACACGAUAUGAUAUCGACUGGACGACGACGACAACGGAGAACAACUCCGUUGUUUGGACAUACUCCAAUAUGUCGUGGUCCAUCGUACCCUGCGACUAUGGUUGGGAAUAUGAGACCUCGGAGGUGACAUCGUCCAUCGUUAUUGAUUUUGAUCUCGUUUGCGAUCGUGCGAUUUAUCCAACGAUUGGCUUGGUUGCUCUUAAUGUAGGAGGCCCUAUAGGAGUAUACUUGUUCGGUACAUUAAAUGAUAGAAUCGGUCGAAAAUUAUCCUUCUUCGCGUGUCUAGCAACUUUAAUAAUCGGCGGCUUUUUAACAGCAAUAACAAACGAUUUUUGGACUUGGGCUUUCACACGCUUCGUCGUCGGUUUGACGAUACCAGCCAUUUAUCAAAUACCUUUUAUUAUCUCCUUAGAACUGGUUGGCCCAAAUUAUCGUUCAUUCGUAACAGUUAUGACUUGUACUUUUUAUACGAUGGGUCUCUGCAUGCUAGCAGGUGUUACUUAUUUAAUACGCGAUUGGCGAACGCUUGCUAUAACCACGAGUGCACCAUUCUUGAUCUAUUUCUUUUACUGGUGGUUUUUACCGGAAUCACCGAGAUGGCUAUUAGCAAAAGGUCGCUUAAGCGAAGCUAAUGAUAUUCUCGAAACUCUAGCCCGGGUAAAUGGCAAAGAACUCCCGGCAUCAUUCACGCAAAAACUUCGUCAACGCAUGACAAUGUCGAGAUCAAAGAGCGAAGAGGAAAGAUUGCGAACCGGACCUGGUGUCCUUUCGCUCUUUAAAACACCGAAUAUGCGUCUCAAGACAUGUCUUAUUACUUUAAACUGGUUUGCUAACAAUAUGGUGUAUGUUGGCCUUUCUUAUUAUGGACCAGCAUUAGGAAAUGAGGAACAUCUGAGUUUUCUCUUUUCUUCCCUCGCUGAGAUUCCCAGUUAUAUCGCUUGUUGGAUUCUAAUGGAUCGAUGGGGCCGCCGGUGGCCUCUUUGCCUGUGCAUGGUUGUAGCUGGAGUGUCGUGUAUCGCCACGGUGCUGUUGUCACCUGAUGCUGUCAUGGAGACCUUGGUAUUAUUUCUCAUAUCAAAGUCUGCAAUAUCGGCAUCCUUUUUAAUUAUUUAUCCUUUUGCCGGAGAACUCUAUCCCACGCAAUUACGCGGAAUUGCCAUUGGUUUCUCUACAUAUAUCAGCGGUCUUGGGCUCAUCAUUAUACCCUUCGUAACAUAUCUUGGGAAAGAGAAUCUUGUCUUGCCUUUAGUCAUUUUGGGUGCCAUCUCAGUUAUUGGUGGCGUGUCCGGAUUGCGGUUACCAGAAACAUUACACCAUCGUCUACCGCAAACUAUUGAAGAAGGAGAAUUAUUUGGCAAGAAUUGGACGUGCGCGGAUUGCAUCCGUUGCAUCCCGACAAAACCAUCAUCGAUUGCAACUUCUUACGAAGACUUGUCGAUGCGAGAAACAGUAGAGAUGCACGAAGUACCUGAAGUGCCAUUUGCCUCGUCCAUCUUGGAGGAACAACAACGGCCAAGCACGACGAAUGUUCGCCGUUUAGUUCGCCAAUCUAGCAUGAUGGAUACCCAACGCGAUUCCGAUGGGACCAUAAAGAUGACCUAUUGGUUUUAAUUUUGAAUCUAAUCAAAAAGAAAAACUACUAAAAUCUUUUUAUCCUUCUUUCUCGCAUUUGUGAAUUAAAUAUGUUCCAAUGCUAACUAAAAAAUUACUUCAUUUUCUCUUUUAUCUUAUUGAUU